GCCAAUGCGGAGUUGUCUUCGUCUUCAACAUAUGGCUGCCAACUCAUCCUUUCAAACGCCGACAGCCGAAAAAUAACCUUUAAUUCACAAAUCCAUAGAAAAUUCGAUGAUAUCAACUACACCCCGGUGAAACGUGGAUCAGCUUCGACAAAAUGAGGCGCUCUUAUGCGUAUGGUUUGCUCGUUAUGAGCGUGAUUCUGCUGGGUGUUGACGGCAUCAUGUUCCACCUUCAUCCAAACAUGCAGAAGUGCCUCAAAGAAGAACUUCAGGUUGACGUGUUUGUGAGCGGGGAAUAUGAAGUGUCCGACGCCCCUGGGCAGAAGGUCGACUAUGUGGUCCGUGACUCGAAAGGCCACAUUCUCUCUCAAAAAGAGGAUGUCAGCAAGGGGAAAUUCUCGUUUGUGACUGAAACUUAUGACACUUUUGAAAUUUGCUUCAUAUCCAGAGUACCUCCGACUCAUAGAGGAGUGGCCCAGGAGGUAUCACUUGUCACUAAGAGGGGCAUUGAAGCCAAAAAUUAUGAAGGGCUUGGCGAGGCAGCAAAAUUGAAACCAAUGGAGGUAGAAUUGAAAAGGCUGGAAGACCUUUCUGAGGCUAUUGUUCAAGAUUUUGCCAUGAUGAGGAAAAGGGAAGAGGAGAUGAGAGACACUAACGAGUCCACAAAUAGUCGUGUUCUGUACUUCAGUAUUUUCAGCAUGUGCUGCCUUUUAGGACUGGCCACCUGGCAAGUGUUGUAUCUGAGAAGGUUCUUCAAAGCCAAGAAGCUGAUUGAGUGACCAGUUUGCAUAAUUUGUUAAGAACGGUGUCAUCCUCAUUAAAUUGUUUUCAAUUAAAGUUUUUUGUCUUUAAGUAAAUCUCAAAUUUGAUGUUGGUCAAUUAUGAUGGGCAAUGUCUAAUGAAUGGAAGUUUAUUUGAUUGCCCACGUUUGUUUCUGUUAAAUUAUUCUUAAAACCAUCUGCCUACUAUUUAGUUAUUUGAAAUAAAACUUUGAAAUAAUAUA